AAUUGGGCAGUACGUCGAAGCAGAAGCGUGGUGUGGUCAGGCGCUGGAGAUUUUGUCGCUGUUGCCGAGUACUCUUGUGCAAGAGUACAAGCCUGUGAUGCAGAAAGGGUACGCCGAAGUGCUUUCGAAAGUAUCGGAUUUCGCAGAGGGUCUCAAUUUCAAUCUACAAGUCAUUCCCAAGGCCGACUAA